AUGGUGAAGAAUACAAUCUUCUACAUUAAUGGUCAGCAGCAGGAAAGAUCUGUGGAGGUAAACAUUUCGCUGCCAAGUACUGCUAGUCAAAUCUUGGCAGCAGUGAGGCAAGCUUUGGAUCAAAACCCUUCUACGCUGCUCGCAAGCUUCAGUCAUAUUACAAGUAUUCCCGCAGUUAUUUUACCCGUGAAGGAGCUUGUGCAGAUUUGCCACGAAAAGAAUGUAAUGGUCUUGAUAGACGGGGCCCAUGCCCUAGGCCAAAUUGCACUGAACAUUCCAGAAAUUGGAGCAGACUUUUACGUGGCCAAUGGUCACAAGUGGCUCUUUAGUCCUAAAGGGAGCGCAAUUCUAUGGGUUGCAAGGCAUAGACAGCACUUAAUUCAUCCCAAUGUGAUCAAUGAUGAGGGAAGGGGCUCAAGCUUUUUCCAACUGCAGUUCUCCUACACUGGCACGAAGGACUACAGUGCCUUCUUGGCAAUGUCUGCUGCUUUAGAUUUUCGUGAGCAGAUAGGUGGAGAUGCUCAAAUCAAGGAGUAUGUGUCCAGACUGGCUUUAGAAGGAGGCAAGUACCUUGCGCAGACUCUUGGUACAGAGGGGCCGAUGAUAUCAAGAGGUUUAGCGAUGGUGAAUGUACCGCUUCCACAGGCUGCGCUCAAGUGCUGCGACAUGAACACUGCCAAACGGUUACUCGUCAAACACGGAACAUUUGUGCCCAUCUACCCCUGGCAGGGACAGUGUUUUGUCCGUGUUAGCGCGCAAGUUUACAACGAGAUCUCUGAUUUUAUGUACCUGGCGAGGACACUGUUGGAUGUUCUCAGCAACGACUGUCCUGAAGCUGCUGAUUCGGCUUCAGUACAAAACUAG